GGGGUUGGGGAGGGGGCUGUGUUUGUGUGUGUCAGACGGUAUUCAUGCUCGUCUCGCUCUACCAGCUAAGUUAAAUCAGAGGCCGUCACUGGCACACCGUGGUGGUCUCUCCGUCUCUGUGUCCGCUCAGCUCUGAAAGCAUCAACAGCCUCUCCGUUACGCACCACAGGACUCGCUGAGGCCCUCGCCCAAGGCCUGUAUCAGUCAGCGCAGACACGCCCUGCCGACAGGGCCCCCUGCUUGAAAGGUCCUCAGAUCUGGCACUAAAAAAGGGAAAAUGCAGAACGUAACGACAGGGGCGACGAAGGGGAUAAACCUGACAUGUAGCAUGACUGGAAGCCAUGAAUUCAUCUUCACCCUGGUGCCCAUCGUCUACGGCUUCAACUUUGUCAUCGGCAUGAUCGGAAACAGCAUGGUGGUGGCGAUCAUCUACUUCUACAUGAAGCUCAAAACAGUGGCCAACAUUUUCGUCUUCAAUCUCGCCAUCUCUGACCUCACCUUCCUCCUCACUCUCCCCAUGUGGGCGACCUUCACCGCCACGGGAUACCAGUGGCCCUUCGGAGGAUUCCUGUGCAAAACCAGCGCGGGACUGGUCACUUUUAACCUCUACACCAGCACCUUCUUCCUCACGGCGCUCAGCAUGGACCGCUACCUGGCCAUCGUGCAUCCGGUGCGAUCGCGCCGGCUCCGCACUGUGGUGUACGCUCGCAUCACCUGCGUGGUGAUCUGGCUUUUUGCCUUCGUUUUGAGUGUUCCCACCGCCCUGACCAGGGAUGUCAUCUUCCUGGAAAACUCAAAGACAACCGUUUGUGGCAUCCUGCAUCCGACCACUAAAAAUGACAAGCUCCUUCUGGCCAUCGGCCUCAUGAAGAGCCUGCUGGGCUUCUUGGUGCCCUUCCUCAUCAUCAUCACCUGUUACUACCUGAUUGGCCGGGCUCUGCUGCGGGCCAAACACAUACAGAAAAGCUCCCGUUCCCGGGAUGACGAGGUACUGCACAUGCUCGCCGCAGCCGUCCUGGCCUUCUUCCUGUGCUGGGCGCCCCAUCAGGUGUUCCACUUCAUGCAGCUCCUCACCCAGCUCACGCUGGUGGCGAACUGCACGCUCCUGGAGAUCAUAGACACCGCCAUGCCCUUCACCAUCUGCAUCGCCUACUUCAGCAGCUGCGUCAACCCCAUCGUGUACAGCUUCGUGGGGCGCAACUUUCGCAAAAACCUAAUGCGCCUGCUGCGCUGCUCUGCGGCCGGAGCGGCCAGGCCUCACCCGAGCAUCAGCUCCAAGAUGAGCGCUCUGUCUUUUCGCGCCUCUGAAGCACUGAGCCUCACGGUCAAAAGUAAUGCUUCCUCUGAUAUUAAGUGACGAUAAAAUAGAAAGAGAGAAACAGACCACAAUUUGGCUCUUCCUACUCUUUUGGUCUGGAGCUAAGAGGAUGGGGAAUGAGGAUUUGUACGCGUUUGCCGCCUCAGCUGAGGUAGUCAGGAGCCUUUGUGAGACCAAAAGACAAUUGCUACCUUUUACAACACUUAUUUGCAAAAAAAAGGUAUUCACAAACUGUCACAUUUCCCAUAACAUGCUGCUGGAUUUUUUUUGCAUCUAGGCUUGUGGAAUUACUAUAAAUAGAUAAAAUCCAGAAAUAAAAAAUAAAAUAAAAAGCAGUAUGCAUAAUAUAUUAUUUAUACAACAUCUUGUUCUGUAGGAUUUUUGUCAGCGUUGCGUCUUGACGACACGCCGCAGUGCUAUGUCGUCUGGUGAAAACCAUUUUGUGUGCUCAGCAGGUCUUGAAUCGGUGAUCAAGUGCACAGCAAAGAUGCCAAAGCUUAAGAAAAGCUCACAAGCCGCCCCUGCAAGCUCUGCCAGCAGCCCAAUACAUGGCACCGUCCAGACUGUCAUGCAGAAUAUCUAUUUGUCACUUAUCAGAUGAUGGCAGCUGGUGCUUAUAUGUUACAUGUUGUUGUCAACUCUAGUCGUCCUUAUUGAAAGAAAAAUGUAAAUGAGUUCACUGGAACAUCUGAGAAUAAUAUACUGUAACAAUCAGAGUGCACAAGCGCUCCAGGUUGGGUGAUCUUUGUUGAUGUCUUUGUGGUAUUUAAAGAUGUUGAUAUUUUUUUUCUACUCUAUAAGUGUACAUUUUGUGAAUAUAUGAAAGUAUAACUAUAAUAAAAGAAGUAUCACCAA